AGGACUAACACUUGCCAGAUUUGUAGCUGUAAUGUAAUGGAGCAAUGUCUUAUAUACUUAAAAAUAAGAACACUUCAUUCUCUGGGAUCAGAAAGUAAAGUGAUAAAGAGGGAAGGACUAGGAGAGACAUAAGCCUAAACAUCUUUUUCUUCAUAGGGAGGUACCAGCAAAACAAGAUAAAAAUGGAUCUCUUGCUAUAUAGCAGGUUUCCAGAGACAAGGUAGCCUUGGAAAUCAGAAGUGAAAUGUUAACAGUAAGUGUAGGGCUUGUAUUUUUUGCAGCAUCUCUGCUGUUUGUAGAGUUUCUGAGACUGCAAUGGAAGCGAAGACAACUUCCUCCUGGACCAACUCCAUACCCCCUCUUUGGAAAUCUGCUGCAAAUGAAUUUCCGAAUUCAUCAUGACAUCCUUAAAAAAAUGAGCAAACUUCAUGGUAAUAUCUUCACCUUAUGGCUUGCAAACGUACCUGUGAUUGUCCUGCAAGGGUACCAGGCAGUGAAGGAGGGUAUGACUGCCCAUGCUGAAGAGGUUGCUGGAAGGCCACAAAACUUAGCCUUUGAAAUAUUGACACAUGGAAGGGGUGUUAUGUUCUCUAACGGUCAUCUUUGGAAGCAACAGAGGCGUUUUGGACUUGUAACAAUGAGGAAAAUGGGAGUAGGGAAAAAAGACCAGGAGUGUCAAAUACAAGAGGAAGCCUGUCACCUGGUGGAAUAUUUGCGGGGAACAAAUGGAAAACCUCUGGACCCCACUAUGCCCAUUAUUAAUGCUGUCUCAAAUGUGAUUUGUUCUCUGAUUUUGGGACAUCGCUUCUCUCUAGAAGACGAAAACUUUCGCCGCUUGAUUGAAACUAUUGAUGAUGUAUCAGCAUUUAUGAACAGCAGCUGGUUUUAUGUACAUGAUCGGAUUCCCUGGUUUGCAGACCGUUUUCUAACACCAUGUAAGAAGACUUUUUCCGGUAUAGAUUUUAUGAGAACACUGUUCAGAGAGGAAAUUGAAAGCUACAAAGAAAAAGGAAAAGCAGAUGAAAGUCAAAAUUUUAUUGGUUGUUAUUUGGAUCAGAUAGCUAAAACUGAAGGAGUUGCUGAUGCUACAUACAACAAGGAAAACUUGAUCCAGUCUGUUUUGGACCUCUUUCUGGCUGGUACAGAAACUACAGCUACUACUUUAUGUUGGGCAUUGCUCUAUAUGGUGGUUUAUCCUGAUGUUCAAGAGAAAGUCCAGAAGGAGCUGGAUGCUGUUCUGGGUAGUUCCAAUGUAGUUUGCUACAUGGACAGGAAACGGUUACCUUAUACAAAUGCUGUAAUUCACGAGAUCCAGCGAUUCAGUAAUAUUGUCUUAAUUGCACUUCCCAGAAAGACUAUGAAGGACACAGAACUGCUGGGAUAUCCUAUUCCAAAGAACACCAUAGUUCUAGUAAAUAUUGAUUCUGUUCUGUCUGAUCCUGAAAAAUGGGAAACACCUGAUCAGUUCAACCCAGGCCACUUUCUGGAUAAAGAUGGAAACUUUGUACACAGAGAAGCCUUCUUACCAUUCUCAAUAGGGAGCCGUGUAUGCAUGGGGGAGCUUUUGGCAAGGCUGGAGCUCUUUAUUGUCUUUUCUACCCUAUUGCGGGCAUUCAAGUUCACUCUGCCCGAUGGAGUGAAAGAAGUCAACACAAAGUUUGUUUUUGGGAGUAUAAUGAAGCCACCUCCAUUCCAGCUCUGUGCUGUUCCUCGGUAGGAAAUGUUGCUGUAUGGAUUCAGGGAAGACUUUGCAUGAUUGUUUCUGCAAAUGAAUGCAUCUUAUCAUUUCUUAAGAUUUUUUGCUUUCCUCUUGAUUUGGUCAAUCACUAUAAUGGAAGGUGCUUUUCAGACAGUUGCAUCCUGAGGAUUUUACCUACAAAGAGUUAAUCUUUUGUUCUUGUUUUCAGUUUGCAAACACCUGGUAUAUUUGUCCUGGUGCAUAUUGUUAAAUAAAGACAAAAUGGGAAGAAUUAGAACUGGGUCUUAUUUAUUGGUAACAGGAACCAGCAUCAAGAGAGAAAGAACUUGAAGAAAAGUCUAUAAAUUAAA